AUGACCAUGGUCUUAUUCCCCUCCCACUCUUAUACCUCAACCUAUCCACUCUCUCAUUCGCCUUGCCCCGCCUCCUCAUCCACCUUCACAACAUACCCGCCCUCUCCGUGCCCAACUCGCAAACGUCCGCCCCCGCCUCUCGCCUCUUCCCUCUCGUACCGGAGCAGAUCGCCGAAAUCCGCGAAGACGUGCGCGAGCAUUGGAUCCGUGAGUCGGAGUUGCGCUACGGCGACACGCACGACUGCGGCUUCGUCGACGUCGGCAUCCAGCGCAGCCGAGGAGAUGAAAGGGCUAGGGGAGAGACGAGGCGCGCGGACGCGGACAGUUGGCAUUGAGCUUUCCAUCGGGUUGGUGUUCCCCCUUCCCCCAAGCUCGAAAGGACCCUCGCGGGCCGUCCAGCCUUACGCGGCGAAGGCCGGCAAACCCACCACCUACACAUCCAAAUCGAAAGAGCAGAAGAGAGAUCAAGUGACGGUGACAGUGACAGUCGAGGAAGUCCACAGCGACUCGGACUCCUCCGAUUCCGAUCUGGAUUCCGACUCUGCAAGGGACGGAGAGGAAGACUACUAUACCAACCUCCGACUCGCGCAACGCACACCAAUUCGCACAUCCCCGCUCUCCUUCGCCCCCAACUCCAAAUACCCUCUACAGCUCUCCCCGCACAGCCCCCCGAAGUCGAAAUCCAAGUCGAGAAACGGGGGGAUGAAUCUGUAUAAACUCGCGAUUCGGCAUUGCAUGCGGGAGAGCGAGGAGGGGAGGCGGAUAUUGAUGGUCGGCGCGAAAAGGGCCGUUGGGGUGUUUCAAGCGACAAGGGAGUUGGAGAGGAUUGUCCAGAGGAUGGACGAGGCUCUUGUCGAGCGGAACCUGGAUUUUGCGAAUACCCCUGACUCCAAGGCCGCCCCUUACGAAGUGUCUCCCGCCGAGGCGCGCCUCUACUAUGCUGGCGUCGGUCCAAAAGAUCGCGGGCCCAAGCUCAUCUACAGGCCUUCUUCCGACACCUUCGAGGAGCCCUCAGGCCCCGAGGCGUACAGGCUUCUCAUGAAAGCGAUCGCUGUCCCCAACGACCACGAGUUUAGCAAGGAUCGCCAGUGGGGCAGGGUUCGCGAUAAGGUUGUCGAGUUGCUCAACGAAAGAAAGAUCAAAGUCACGUCUGUCGAUUUCGUCCGGUUCACCUGGCUCGACAAGGAGCUGGACCGGGAGAUCGAGGAAGAACUUCAAGAAGAAGGCGGCGAGGACGAGGUAGAAGUCGAUUACGACGCCAUUCCUCCCAUCAAGCCCGUUGAGUAUGGCAUCCGUCACUUCACGAAUCCUACCAUCUGGAUCGGCGUAUUGCCUGAUACUCUCCCCGCCGCCGCUGCACACGAGUCAGCCAAAGAAAUUUGUGCCUUCCUUGACGAGCUUCAGGCCGGAAACAUCGACAUCGCGUUCCGAGAGACGGUCGCCAAGUUCUUCGUAUCCGUUCCUCUCAGUCUUCCCAUCGCUGGCCUUAAGACCAUGCAGGGCACGCUUGGCCCAUAUUUUCGCGUCGGCAGAAAGCUCUACGCGAUUUCCGCUCGCCACAACGUGUUCUCGCUCAACGGCAGCUACAACGAAGACUAUAAGUACUCUGGUACAUUUCAUCAGCCAUUCACCGGACCCAAGAAAGAGGUCGUUGUCAUGGGCGCGUCUGCGUACACAAAUUAUCUGAUCUCUAUUCAGGUACUAAUUGGCACGCUCAUCGACUUGGCCACAUCUCUCGAGAAAGUGCACACGUUUAAAGGAAGAGUUGAAACUGGAACCAACGUCGAAGAGUCGCAGACUACGCUGGAAGAGAACGAGGCCGAGCUCAUCAAGACGCGCUCCAAGAUCAACAAGGUCAAAAACUUCGUCGAAAUUAAGACGAGGUGGGGCAAACGCCGAGACCAGGUCAUUGGAUUCGUCGCCUGGGCUCCCUCCCUCGGCGCUGGCGCUACUCCGCACCACUAUACUCGUGACUUCUGUGUCAUCGAGCUGUAUAAGGAAAAGUUCAAGCAUAUGGUCAGCAACGUUUUGAGCCUUGGUCCUGAGUGCACUCCUUCGAAGCUCGAGAACUUGAUAUACGAUCGCACCGACGUCUCAUCCAAAUUCACGUACCCCGACGACGGUAUACUUCCCCUCAGCGGCAUGCUCACCGCCGACGAGCUCGACAAGUCCAACCUGAACCUCCAAGGAGAUCGCAUUCGCCGCGUUAUCAAACGCGGAUCCGCCACUAACACCACCGUUGGCACUUUCAGCCCAUUCAUGUCCUUCGUACGCAAGUACUAUUCCACUGGUAAUUGUGCAGCCCAGGUUUCAAUGACAGAACUCAUUCAAACAACAUUCAAAUUCAAAUAG